UUGUGAUAAAUGGCAGGCUGGCGUUAUGGCACGAAUUGAUCAAUCAAUGCUGAGCAAUGCGACAUGGAAGUACGCCGCGCAUAAUAAAAGAACCAGCACCACAUUCAAAUGCAUUACCGUAUUCUGACCGUAUCAAAACCGUUAAAUGAACGGUACCUUUUAUGCAACAUGAAAGAACUGCACGACAACCUUUUCUACUGCCAGACCUGCUCAUCAACAACCCGUCCGCUACUAAUAUCAUCAUGCAUGCACAUGACAUGCACAACAUGUACAACCCAAAUAACAACAUGUCCUGUAUGCCACAGCCCUACCGAAUUCAUGCGGUUGACCGACCAGCUAAAAGCAACAUUCUCAUGCAAUCCGACCAAGCUGUUAGAACGGCCAGCACACAUAAUUUCGUUUCAAAUGGAGAGUGUGGUUAAUAGAAUGAUGUGGUUGGAGAGUGAACGGGUGAGGUACAGGGGGUUGUUGGUUAGGGCUAGGAAUGAGCUGAUGAGGGUUAAGAGAAUGAGAGGAGUUAGUAGUUUUUGGGGAGUUGAUGAGCGUGGUAGGAUAGGAAAUGAGAGAGUGGGUGAGGGAGGUGAUGAGCGUGGUAGGAUAGGGAAUGAGAGAGUGGGUGAGGGAGGUGAUGAGCGUGGUAGGAUAGGGAAUGGGAGAGUGGGUGGUGAAAAUACUAAUUGGAACAAAAUAUGUAAGAAAGAUGGUAACAGGAGUGAUGUGAAUAACACAGGUGGUGAUAGAAAUGGUUCAAAACAGUACGAUGGUGGAACGAAAAGAUAUGAUCGUAUAACAGAGCGAAGAAACAGCACAAGAAAAGAAAGAGCUACCAGGAGAAAGACGCUGAAAAGAAGGCCAAACGUAAUACACAGUUCUGGUGCUGCUAAGGAAAGGGUCAUUUCAUUGACAAGGAUCGACAAAAACGGCCAAACAAACAAAAGUACCGAAAUACACAACAAUGCUGGCAAUCCUUGGAUCGACACGUCCAUCAACGACCAAUCAUCCAGCAAUUCUGGCACCGAUUAUCUGCACACGAUCAAAUUUACGAAGCGAAUGAUGAAAUCAAAAGAGGACGUGCACAAACACAGCAAAGAAGAAAGCACGGGCAACACGUACAACGAGUAUUUGAGAAGGAUGUGUGAGAGUGGCAGGAAAGAAAGUAGCACGGAGGUAACAAGUGGGUGUACGGGACGGCUGACCAUUCCCGUGAAGAGAAGUAGACGAUUCUUUUACCGGAAGAAGCGUAAAGAGUAGUAAAAUGAAGGGAUAACACGUAAUACCACUGGACAAUGAUCAAAAAGAGAUUAGAUUUGUUCAAAAUAUCAAUGAUGAGAAGUAUGCGAUCAAAAAUGAUAAGCGUUGGACACAAGGAGUUGUUCAAGGUAAGACAAUGAGGGGCAGAUUAAUUUAAUGUGAGUUAAAAAGACGAUGUGAUGGAACCGGUGUAAACAAAGAAUAGCACUGCUA